UUUAUUUUUCCACAGGAGCUUGGGAGCCGAUGAUCCAGUUGAUCGCCUAUAUAAAUAAGACUUACUCGACUGAGAACCAUAAUCAACCGCCACUAGCCGAAGUGAGCACACGUGAAAAAAUACUUUAAAGGACUCUCUAAACUUUAGCCAAACAUGAAGACCUUCAUCGUCUGCGUCCUGGCCCUGGCCGCAAUCGCCGCCGCCCGCCCCAACGAGGAGUACACCGACCGUUACGACAACAUUAACGUGGAAGAGAUCACCGGCAACAAGCGGCUGCUCAUCCCGUACAUCAAGUGCGUGCUCGACCAGGGCAAGUGCUCGCCUGAGGGCAAGGAGCUCAAAUCCCACAUCAGGGAAGCCCUUGAGAACUACUGCGCCAAGUGUACUGAGGUCCAGAAGACGAAGACGCGUCAAGUCCUCCGCCACCUGAUCAACAACGAGGCCGACUACUGGAGCCAGCUUACCGCCAAAUACGACCCCCAGCGCAAAUACACCCAGAAGUACGAAGAUGAACUCAAAACCCUCAAGGCUUAAGUCCAAAAUCAAUUGGUCUUAAGCCCAAACUCAUAAGGUCUUAAGACCGAAGUUCCUCAAAUUGGAGAUAAGCAGAGUAUGUGAUUAUAGACUAACUACGAUGUAUCAACAGUUCAAGUAUUUUGUGAUACUUAUAAGAAAAUAAAUCCCUAUCUGUGAUACCA